GUACGGCGUUCAUUUAUAUUAAGAGACCCGGGAGUUUUAUUUAACGCGGAAAAUUUGUUUUUUUGCUACAACUUGAAUUUUGCGAGAAUAAAGAAUUGUGUUUCAUCGAUUUUAAACAACAAAAUGUCCGCUCAGGCCACUAAAAAUUGUAUAACCCUUAAGGGUUCAGCCCAAAUUAUUGCUGAAUAUUUGAAAUACGGUAUUAAUUCGAUUUUGUUCCAAAGAGGAAUAUAUCCAGCUGAGACAUUUGAAAGCACUCAACAAUACGGUCUAACAAUUCUCAUGUCCAAAGAUCCAAAAAUCGAAGAAUUCCUAAAGAAGGUACUGGAACAAACGGAAGAAUGGCUUGGCAAGAAUAUGAUCAAUAAAGUGUCAAUGGUCAUCACUAAUGCGCACACCAAAGAAGUUCUGGAAUGCUGGGAUUUCAAGAUGAACGCAGAGCUGGGUGAUGGCGAAACUAUUGAUCCUCAAAAAUUGACAUCAUCCAAAGAAUUGAAACGUAUACAAAAUGAAAUACGAGAUGUAAUGCGUCAAAUAUCGGCAACAGUUACCUAUUUGCCAUUGUUGGAUUGUAUUUGUACAUUUGACGUGAUGAUUCACACCUUGCAAACUUGUGAUAUACCAGAAAGUUGGGAUGAAACAGGACCGGCAUUUAUACAGAAUGCCCAGGCGGUGCAGCUACGUUCUUUCUCGACGGGCUUACAUAAAGUUGAUACUGUUGUUAAUUAUAAGAUGUCCUCGUAGUGAAACAUUAGCUUUUAUUCUAUUUAUUAUUAUUAUUUUCUUGCUGAUAACAAUUUACAGCUAUAUAUGUGUCUGAUUGUCUUUAAAUUUUCCAAUAUUUUAUGAAAAAAAUCAAAAAAUGACAAAACCGAAUUUAAA